GAUUAGCAAAACUCUGCUUGACAGCUAACUUGUUUUGAUUUCGUGAUUUUGCGUGUGUGAAAAUUUUCAGAGGCAGAUUUUUUGGUAUUUUUCUUCCUUUAACGCCUCUAAAAUGGCAAAUGCCGCGAGACGAGAUGUUUCCCCAUUACUGCAGCGAGUGAGAGCAUUCCUGCUAGGUCGAGAACACACGAUUGCGCUGCGCUUUGAGGACGGAAUCGCGGCCAGAACUCAGCCUCCUCCGGAUGUUCCUGGUGGUCCUGCUCACAAGCUCUCGGCCAAUUACUACGUUAAUCGUGACGCACGGAGAGAAGUUCAACCUCCGACCGAUGUAAAUCAAGCUCUUCUCGGUGAAGGAAAAAGUGCUGGCGAAGCUAAGAAAUUGCCAACUCCUGGAAAGCCUUAUCCGUGGGAUUAAAUGAAUUUCUGUGAAAUAAUUCUGUAGAUCCAAAUAAACAUGCUGCUGUUGAA